CAAGGCUGUGAUUCUCACUAUACUGGUCCUGAGGAAAGGGCCUCUGUGAACUGAGGUUUUUGGUUUUUAUUGUGAUCCUUAGUUCUCAAGAGACCCCUCUUGAAGAUAUGUGCCUAUCUGGUGCCUCUGCUGUCCUCUAGAAAGCAGACGGUCUCUUCCCAUUAUGACUUCGGAAAUCACUUAUGCUGAAGUGAGGUUCCAAAAUGAAUCCAAGUUCUCAGGCAUCAACUCAGCCUCUUCUGCAGUAAUUGUGUGUCAUCCAAGAAAAGGGAAGGAGGAGGAGGAAGAAGAGGAAGUAAAGACAGAACGUAUUACUGAUAAAACUAAUUUGGCUGCUUCUUCAGCUUCCAAGGAGAGGACUGCUCCUCACGAGAGUAAUACCGGGUUUUCCAAGCUGCUUUGUGCCUCGUUGAUGGUACUUUUCCUGCUAUUGGCAAUCUCAUUCUUUAUUGCUUUUUUCAUUUUCUUUCAAAAAUAUUCUCAGCUUCUUGAAAAAAUGACUACAAAAGACCUGGUUCAUACAACAUUGGAGUGUGUGAAAAAAAAUACGACCAUGGAAGAGACAGCCUGGAGCUGUUGCCCAAAGAAUUGGAAGCCGUUUGGUUCCAACUGCUACUUUAUUUCUACUGAGUCAGCAUCUUGGCAAAACAGUGAGAAGGACUGCGCUAGAAUGGAGGCUCACCUGGUGGUGAUAAACACUCAAGAAGAGCAGGAUUUCAUCUUCCAGAAUCUGCAAGAAGAAUCUGCUUAUUUUGUGGGGCUCUCAGAUCCAGAAGGUCAGCGACAUUGGCAAUGGGUAGAUCAGACACCAUAUAAUGAAAGUUCCACAUUCUGGCAUCCACAGGAGCCCAGUGAUCCCAAUGAGCGCUGUGUUGUGCUAAAUUUUCGUAAAACAUCCAAAAGAGGGGGUUGGGGCUGGAAUGAUAUUUAUUGUGUUGUUCGUCAAAGGUCAGUUUGUGAGAUGAUGAAGAUCCACUUAUGAAUUGAACAUUCUCCAUUAACAAGUGGUUGGAUUGGCAUCUGUCAUUGUAGGGAUAGAUAAUAAGCUCUUCUUAUUUAUGUGUAAGGGAGGUCCAUAUAAUUUAGGUGGUCUGUCAGCUAUUCUACUUAUGAAAGAAUUGGUCUGUACAUUGAUUCACUUUUUCAUAAAGUGAGCAUUUAUUCAUAUGCCAAAGCCUGUACCGAAGACCCCCAUUGUGCACACAUGGAGAGAACAUGAGUCUCUCUUAAUUUUUGUCUGGUUGCUGAAGAAUUAUUUACCAAUAAAAUUGUAUGAUGUG